CUCAAGAGUACACCUACCUACCAAAUCCACUGCCUUUCCACACCAACUCACUCGAGUGAGCCCCUCAUGGAUUUCUUGAGCUCACCACUUCGUUCACCUCCUCUCAUAUAAAUCGAACACCUCUCCUUCCUCUCCGUAUCAAACCCUCUCCCUUUGCUCCUCUCUCUUUUCUGCGACACCUGAAACCAAAGUUUCAAGCAUGGGCAGGUCUCCAUGUUGCGAGAAGGCUCACACCAACAAAGGAGCCUGGACCAAGGAGGAAGACGAGAAGCUGAUCUCUUACAUCAAAGCCCAUGGCGAAGGUUGCUGGAGAUCGCUCCCCAAAGCUGCAGGUUUGCUUAGGUGUGGGAAGAGUUGCAGGCUCAGGUGGAUAAACUACCUCCGGCCCGAUCUCAAGCGCGGCAACUUCACCGCCGAAGAAGAUGAGCUCAUCAUCGAGCUCCAUGGCCUCCUCGGCAACAAAUGGUCUCUGAUAGCUGGGAGAUUGCCGGGAAGGACCGACAACGAGAUCAAGAACUACUGGAACACGCACAUCAAGAGGAAGCUCCUCGGCCGAGGUCUCGACCCCCAGACUCACCGGCCGAUCACCGCCCUCAAGCAGGAUGAGCGGUCCAUGGCUCAAGAUUCCUCCGGCGACAGCAGUAGCCGAGACGGGGACGGCGGCCUCGAUCUCAACCUUGACCUCUCCAUAAGCCUCCCUCGCCACUCUUCUCCGGAGCAGUCCUCUCCUCCACCAGCAGCAACCGCAAGCACAAGCACCAUGCGGGCCCUGUGCCUGUGUUGCCAUCUCGGCUUCCAAAGCAGCGAGACCUGUAGCUGCCGGCACAUCCCACGGCCACUUGGGUUCAGGUUUAUCUGGCCAUUGGAAGAAGGGCAACGCAUAGCUUAGCUGGCAGCUGUAUCUGUGCAUGUCAAGAAGCUGUUGUGCUGAAGAAGAUGAGAGAGAGAGAGAGGUGUGAAGCCGAUGGUAGUAGGUAGGUUGAUGUCUUCGUUGCAUUAGAUUGAGGGAGAGAAAUCUUGUUCUUGUGGCUCUGUCACACAUGAGGAGGAUUGGGAAGAUGUGAAGGUUUUGGUAUGUAAAAAGAUAGGCAAUUAAUGAGGGAAGAGAAGCUAUUAAUGAUUGAUGCCAAUGAUUGACAACAUUUGGGAGAUCACCAAAACAUUUGUUUAUCGAGAGAGUUCCAAAAUUCAUUCGAAAAUAAAAUAUUUCUUCAA